GUUGCGUGCUGACGCCAUGUGGCCGUGUUGAUGCUGUCCAUCCCCAGUGCCGGGCCCGGGGCCUGAGCGAUUACCUCCGGGAACCCUGCCUCAGCUUCACCCACUGCGUGCGGCCUGCAGUCCCGGCCUGUCGUGCUACCUAGUCCCCGUGCUCUCUCCCGGUGCCAACCUGCCCGGGCUGCGACGAGCAUGAUGUGACACUGGCAGGUGUGUGCAUGCUGAAACCUGAACCUGACUGCACAGAUAUGUAGAAGCUAGAUCACCAAGAAACCAUUUAUUUGCAGAGGCCUGGGCCAUAUAUCUGUCAGUAAAUACAUAUCACUUAAAAAAAAAAAUUAGAAAUCAAACCAGCGCUUCAUGGAGCAAACUAACAAUGAGCCUUCACUUAAUAACCUAGACAAUGGUACCAGGCCCACAGACCCUGAGUGCAGGAAGCCCAGUGAAUCGGAACACUCAUUGUCCAAGAUAACACAGAAUGCUCUGGAGAAUUUUGGCUCCCUGGGCCAGGGAUUAAAGCAUCUCUUUCACCCCCAGCGGCGGCGAUCUUCUGUCUCCCCCCAGGAUGGCCUCCAUGCUCAGGCUGACCAGGAGUCCCCGAGUCCAGAGACUUCCAGCCCAGCCACUGAGCUGGGCUUACCUGCUCCGUCCCACCAGCCCCCCAGCCAGGCUACUACGCUCAACAGGGUCCUGCAGCAGAUCCGGGUGGCGCCCAUAAUGAAGCGUGGUUCGAGCCUGCACAGCCGAAGAAGCAAGUUGGACCCUCCCCGAGGCAGCCCGCAAACGUCCCACAAGCCGGCCUCGGAUGGUAUGAGCUGUCUCCUGUCGCACUCCAGUAGACCCCGAUCUGCUUCGACCACCGAUGCGCCGACAUCCUCGUUGUUUGUGGAGCCGGUGACCUUCAGUCCUCAUGUGGGAGAUGAGCUGGAUCGGGUGACAUCUUCAGUACUGUGUAGUCUCCAUUGAAGCGCUGUUCUGUCCUGCUGUGAAUUUAUGUGGUCCGGUCUGUCAUUGUGGGAGUCUUGUUUCCAGUUUUGUACAGUACCG